UUUAUAUUUUGAAUAAUUUGUGUUUUCGAGACAUUUUAAAGAAACAAAGAUUAUUUGGCAGUUAUCCUGAUGUGAUUGAGAUUAUUCAAUGAGAUUUCUACUUGGACUAUACACUUCGUACUUUGAUCAUCCUAAACAGAUUUUUUAAAUCACUUGGAAUUCUCAAUUCGAUUGCCCGACAAAAUUUGAUAAACCGGCCAAUCUUGAUCUGUUCUACUACGCGCACUUUGAUCACCCCAAGGAGACUUGAAAUCGGUGAAAUUGUUAUCUUUGAAUAUUUUACGAAUAUUCCAAAGGGAUUUAAAGAGUUCAUCGAUAGUUGAUAGCGGUAUGUAAUCCCGAGGGGAAAUACGAUAGUGCGGUUUAUCGUGAGUUUGCGUAAAACUUUGCCUUGAUCGUGGAGAAUAUCGAUCUCUCGCGAGUGCUGCAAAUCGCGUUGGUGAUCUUCUUCGGGAAGCUGGACAGAUGUGCUCCGUCGUGAAGAUGAUACGUCACGUAGUCGUUGCCGCCUUUCUCACUGUGCUCGCCAGCGGAGCGCCGGGAUCUUCGAUUAUCUACGCGGACGACAAAGUGCAAAAUUAUCUCAUGAGAUUCGGUUACUUACCUCAGACUGAUUUGGAAACAGGAAAUCUGCGGAUGGAAGGCCAACUCAGGGAUGCUAUCAAAAAUCUUCAGAAAUUCGGUGGUAUUCCCGUGACAGGGGAGAUUGACGAUGCAACAAAGAAGUUAAUGAAGACCAGGAGAUGCGGAGUAUCGGAUCAUCCAGAUCCCAGAUUCGCCAAGACAAGGCAUAAGCGUUUCACCAUCCAUGGACAACGAUGGCCGUAUCGAAAUCUCACCUGGAGCUUAAGAACCAAGCAGCCUAGCGGCCUGGACACUGGCGGGGUCCGGCUGGAGCUGAGUAAGGCCCUCGAUCUCUGGGCCAGAAAUUCGAAGCUCACUUUCCAGGAGAUCAACAGUGACCACGCCGACAUCCUGGUCUACUUCCACCGGGGUUAUCAUGGAGAUGGAUAUCCAUUCGAUGGCAGAGGUCAGAUCCUGGCUCAUGCAUUCUUCCCUGGCAAGGAUCGCGGUGGAGACGCUCAUUUCGACGAAGAGGAGAUAUGGUUGCUGGAGGACGAGAGCAACGAGGAAGGCACUAGUCUGUUCGCGGUGGCUGCUCAUGAAUUCGGCCAUUCCCUGGGAUUGGCGCACAGCUCGGUCCAAGGUGCUCUCAUGUAUCCCUGGUACCAGGGACUGAGCCCCAACUACGAGUUGCCGGAGGACGAUCGCCAUGGGAUUCAGCAGAUGUACGGAGCUCCUGAAGGCAAACUAUGGGGCAAUAUACCAGGUGGACCAUUGCCACCAGAACAACCACCACCGCCACCUCCAACAACUACAACAACGACGACAACAACAACGACAUAUAGGCCUUGGAGGACGAGACCCACCAGGCCCAAUCACUAUCCGGACGACGACAGGCCUCGACAACCGGGUCGUUACCCACAGAAACCCGACUAUCGGCCGCACAAACCCCAUCGACAUCACACGACAUGGUCGACGACGACGACGACAACGACGACGAUGAGGCCCACGCCGAGGUUUAGACAUCGGUGGACUCCACCGCAGCGGGACAACGUGCCCGACAAGUGCGACACAAGCUACGACGCCAUCAGCAUCAUCCGCAGAGAGGUUUUCAUCUUCAAAGGACGAUAUCUAUGGCGAAUAGGCGAUCACGGAAUCUAUGAAGGAUAUCCGGCGGAGAUCACGAGGUUAUUCAAUCUGCCAUCGGGUAUCGAUCAUGUGGACGCCGUGUAUGAGCGACCGGAUAAGAAGAUAGUCUUCUUCAUUGGUCGCGAGUACUACGUCUUCAAUGCCAACAAUCUGGAACCAGGUUAUCCAAAACCACUUACAAAUCUGGGGUUGCCAGCUUCCUUGGAGAAGAUUGACGGCGCCAUGGUGUGGGGUCAUAACGGCAAGACCUACUUCUUCAGUGGCUCCAUGUAUUGGAGGUUCGACGAAUUGGUUAAUUAUGUGGAACUCGAUUAUCCCAGAGAUAUGAGCAUGUUCGCCGGCGUUGGCAAUGACAUCGAUGCCGUUUUUCAAUGGAAAAAUGGCAAGACGUACUUCUUCAAAGGCAAGGGUUUCUGGGAGUUUGACGAUCUCAGAAUGAGGGUUGCGCACGAAAAACAAAAAUUGUCGGCACCGGUCUGGAUGGGUUGUUCGCCACCGGAAGUGGAGACUAACGACAUCGAGACUAACCUGCCUAGGAAGUCGAGCAUUGUUUCGGCUUCCGCCACUGUCGCCAUGGGAAAAAUCACGUCGAUAUUUGCCAUGGUCGCAGCGAGUUUCGUCAUGAGGAUAAUAUACGUGUAAAAAUAGAGAUUAUAUAACGUACAUGUCCCUUCCAACUGAUGAUGUGCAACGCAGAGCAUUGUACCUCAUAUAUGGGAAUUUCUCGUGCGAAAUACGAAUAUCAGAAAGUCAACCGGAUUCUUAAAGCGUGGAUGUCGACAGAUCGGCAAACACCGAAGAUGGAAGACCAACUGUUCGUAUAUAUCGGUUCAAAGGAAUGCCUGCGGCACGGAUGGAUCACAGCUAUCGGAAUCGAUCUUGUCGUUGAGCCUUCCGAUGGAGAGAUAGCAGUACAUACGAAGCUCCAAGAAUGAUAUCGAACUAAGUCACGAAGCUACGUUUUCAAAGAAGAUAUAUGAAAUGGCGACGAAUUAGAACAUUUUAAAAUAUAUAUUACGAGGAAAAAUUUUUUCUGUAUAUCUUUUACUUAUUUUUUACGUCGAUAAAAUUGUAUUGACAUUUAAUUUUCUCUUACAAAGAAUGUGACUUAGGUCCAUAUCAUCAAUCCUGGAAUAGACCGUGCCAUCACGCUGCGCAGGAGCAUAUUUUUGUAUACUGCAUUUUACACGACCGCAUUUACAUACAAAGUAAUUAACUUAAGACGUAACUUUUUUAUAUCGCAUAACAGAUGAGCGACGGGUCCUCGAAGAUGCGAGAGGAAACGAGAUUCCUUUGAGAGUAUUUUACAGACAAUUUUGCGAUAAUUUAUGAACAAUUUAUCACUGCCGAAAAUCCAUCCAACAUUUUUCGAUACUCUUUUUACAGAUUUAUAAAUCGAGAUAGGGAUCCUCAGUUAUAUAUAUCCCUUUCAAGGACCAAAAAAUUCCGUGAUCACGUCCUUUUAUAAAUUGUGACGCGUGAUUUAUUAGUUGAACUGUCGAAUCGACAAUCUCAACAAUAAAAUUAGUCGAUUCCGACAAAACACAUUUUAUAUAAAUAUUGUAUUAAUUAUUGAUACCGUAUAAUUUAGCAAAAGAGGACACGGGCAAAACGCAGUGUCACCAGUUUUGUAAACUGUGAUAUUUAUAUACCACGCGCGAUCAAGUAGUUAGUGUAAUAUCAAGGAAGUAGAACAGAAUCAAUUUCGCAGAUUUAUAUACAGUGUCGGUGUAUCUGAGAUAUUUUGCAUAAACUUUGCGAGCGUACUUCCUGAUUUAUUUUAAGCUUAUUUCUUCCCAGCAUGAGAUUUUUAAGCGAAUAGAGGUCUCAAGAGUGAAAAUAAAUAAUGAAAUCUCACUCCACAUUUAAUCUUGAGUGGAUCUCAGUUCGACAGAAUUUUAUAAAUACUAAAGCUUCAGUAACUAAGAGAAUUUAAUUAAUAAAAAACUGUAAGUAAAUGGUGAAGGUGAUUGCUAAUUAAAUUUUUGUAAAAAAGAAAUUGACUGCAAUUUUAAUAUCGCGUAUCGCAAAUUUUCUCUGCGAAGUUUAUAGUAUUUGUAUUCCCGACAUACACCUCUGUAUAUAUAUAUAUAUAUAUAUAUAUGAACAUUAUAUAUAAUUAUAUAAUAGUAUAUAAGUCGCGCGUAUUGCAGAGUGUACUAUAUGUCCGUAAAGCGCGCAGCAUCAAAACGAAGACAAACGAAAUAAAUGAUAUUGUAUUUGUUUUUUCGAUUAACUCAACAAUUUUGUCUCCUAGUUGAGUAUAUCUUUGUUACGGAGAAGCAAACGUAUUGAAGUGAUGCGUCUCGCAAGUUUUACUACGAGGCGAAAACUCCAAUCUCUUAAUUCCAAA